AUGGCGUCGUUCCUCAGUCAAGCCUCGUCCUACUUUGGUCGCACCAACAUCUCUGCAAACUACACUAUCGACGAAUCGCAAUCGCCUACGCACUGCGGUCUGUGGAAGAUCUACAAAGCCACUCGCAAUGCCUCCUCCUCCACCGCCUCUGCUGCGACCGCAUCGGGAUCCAGUUCGGCGUCAGCAUCGAAGAACGUCGUUUCGAUAUGGAUGCAUACCUUCUCCACUCGCGGCCAGGUCCGACAGCGUAUCACCGAUCAACUGAAAAAGGAAGCUUCGUCGCUCACACGCCUGCGUCAUCCGUGCAUCUUGGAGGUAGUCGAGCCGCUGGAAGAGUCGCGCAACGAUGUCGCCUUCGCCACGGAGCAGGUGUUCGCCUCCUUGUCCGAGGCGUUGGUGUCGGACCACCGGCAAGACGUGCAGUUGGACGAGGUGGAGAUCCAAAAAGGAUUGCUGCAGGUGGCGAGGGGAUUGGAGUUCCUGCAUACCGCCAAGAUGGUUCAUCAGAAUCUGUCAACCGAGUCCAUCAUGAUCAAUGCGAAGGGGGAUUGGAAGUUGGCCGGAUUUUCGUUCUUGACACCACUCGAGCAGCCUGGUGGAGGCGGAAAGACGCCAUGGACCUUCCCGGACUACGAUCCGAGUCUACCACCUGCCAUGAGUCGCAACUUCGACUACAUGGCGCCAGAAGACGCGCUGGACGAAAAGCUAGGUCCCGAAAACGACAUGUACAGCUUGGGGUGCGUCGUCUACGCAGUCCACAACAAGGGCAGUCCGCCAUUCCGCAAUCGCAACUCUCUACCGAACCUCCGGGGUAACGCAGAUCAGCUCAGUACCACGAUCGGCAGCCAGAGCUGGUCACGCAUGGGUCGAGAUGUCCUCGAACUGCUCUCCAACCUCUUGACUCGCUACCCAGGAGCCCGUCUGUCGGCCACCGCGUUUCAGCAAUCCGGAUACUUCAAUUCGAUCCUCGUCUCGACGCUCAAGUUCAUGGAACGCGACAGCUUCGCAGGACGCACGAAGGAGGAAAGAGUCCAGUACCUGAAAGGGUUGCUCAAGAUCCUACCGCAGUUCUCGGACCGAUUGCUUCGACGAAAAGUGCUCCCCGCCGUGUUGGAGCUCAUGACCGAUCGCUCGCUCCUACCUUUCAUCCUGCCCAACGUGUUUCACAUCAGCAAGAACCUGUCUUCGCUCGAAUUCACCAACUCGGUGCUACCCAAACUCGAACCUCUUUUCUCGGUGCAAGAUCCGCCGCAAAACAUGCUAUUGCUGUUGGAUCAGAUCGAACCGCUCUUCGUACCCAAAGUGGCACCUACGACGUUCCGAGAGCAAGUGACGCCGCUGCUGUACGCCGCACUCGAAGCCGAGAACGUCAUGGUGCAAGAGAAAGCCCUGCGAACGGUACCGCGUCUCGCGUCGAUCCUCGAAUACGCCCACGUGAAAGAAGUGCUCUUCCCCAAACUCGCCUCGCUCUUCGCCAAGACCAAAGUGCUGAGCGUCAAGGUCAAUUGCCUCAUCUGCUUCCACGCCAUGGUCUCGAUCCUGGACAAGUACACGCUGACCGAAAAGCUCGUCCCCAUCCUUGCGCGGAUCAAAACGAAAGAACCCAGCGUCAUGAUCGCCACCCUAGCGGUGCACGAGAGCAUGGCGACCAAGGUCGACAGGGAGACGCUGGCGACGGCGAUCAUCCCGCAAUUGUGGGUCAUGAGCAUGGGUCCGAUGCUGAACGCGGAGCAGUUUGGAAGGUUCAUGAAGGCGAUCAAGGAGAUGAGCGGGAGGGUGGAGAAGGAGCAUUCCGCGCACUUGAAGGAUGUGAAGCGCAUGCAGGAUCACACGGAUUCGUACACGGGUGAAGGGGGUGUGACAACGGCUGGUGGGUCAGGAGGCGGUGUGACGGGGAUCGGCGCCGGUGGAGAGAUCGACUUUGCCACUUUGGUGGGGCAGACAAAGACCGCGGGGGGAGGCGAGAAGAAGGUCGUCGACGAUCCGUUCGGUCUGGCCGACGACUUUGCUGGGCUCGGCAGCGGUGGUGCAAGCACGGGAAGCUUUGCUGUGGCGAGCGACGUCUCGCCGGCAGUGUCGAAUGUGCACACGCCCAUCGGAGGGUUGACUCCGACACACACGGGAAGAUCCGGGUCUGCAUUCCCCUCGUCGUCUUCGUCCAAGAUCAAUGGCUCGUCGUUGCGCACCGUCAGCACUCCAACAGCAGCAGCGCCGCCUUCCCUGGCACCACCACCUUCGUACAGCCGCCCAACAACGCUCAGUGCCACCUCGUCGAGCACCUCCAUCACGACGGCUUCUCCAUCGACGACCACAUCGGCCGCCACACCGAGCUGGUCCAACCUGCUCCAACCCUCUUCCACCUCGUCCUCGUCGUCCUCCUCCACACCUUCGCUGCCACCGUCCAACACGACCGGUGGUCCCAACUACAACAUCACGCUAGCGCCCGCGACCGGCUCGAACUGGAGCACACCCGCGCCUUCGACCGCCAACUCGUCGAUGUUCGGCGCGCCCCCUGCUAUCGAACCGGCUCCGACGAUGAUGGCUGCACCGACGUUGACGCCAGCAGCGGCGGCAAGCGGUGCAUCGUCUUCCGGCGGUCCGCAAGGGUGGGGCGGAAGCGUGCUGCAGCCGACGAACAAGCCGACUCUGUCGUCUGCGGCAAAGUCGCAGAGCAAGGAUGCUUGGAAGGACUUUGAUCCGUUUGCUUAG